AUGCGUCAACUUCUCCUCGUCACUCUUUUCGUCUCCACUGUCUCCGCUCUUCCAUUCUUCGGAACCGUUCAAGCGGUGAGAGUCACCGGAAAGGUCACCUGCAAUGGAGAGCCGGCAGAGAACAUCAAGGUCAAGCUGUACGAGAAGGAGAUCCGUGAGUUCCGGCUCUUUUCCAUAGUUCACAACGUCUUCUUUUAGUUCUUGAUAAACUUCUUGAUGAGAAAUCCACUGACGCCAAGGGAACCUUCACCCUCGCCGGAAACAAGAAGGAGGUGACUGCCAUCGACCCCCAUGUCAACAUCUACCACAAGUGCAACUACAAGGGGGUAAGAGCAAGAGAUGAGACUUCUGAGUAUCAUCCGACUCUUUAGGUCUGCUACAAGAAGCUGAAGAUCAAGAUCCCAAAGAGCUUCAUCAGCGAGGGAGCGACCGCCGACAAGACGUUCGACAUCGGAGAGCUCAACUUGGCCGGAUCGUUCUCCGGGGAGUCGACCGACUGCCUCAACUAG